UGCGCCGCGUUCAGUCUGUGAAAAGCCAUCGGCCGGUUUAGCGUCUAGUCUUCGCCAAUCUCGUUCCGCUCAUUAUUUUUCUCUAGCUCGUGGUGAGUGAAUUCAUUGCUUUGUGUUCCAGCAAAAAAAGAAGGAAGAAGCAGAAGAAACGAUUUCUUGCCAAGAAAAUUAUUGAAACGAAGCAAAGCUAUCGAAAAGUUUCUGGAGUUUGAAUCCGGGGAUCAAAUAAGAUAUCGAUUUUUGUCCUUCGGUGUGGUUGUGUGCCAAAGCGUUUUUUCGGUGAGUAGUGUUCACGAGCAGGCAACCGGAGCGAAAAAAAGAUGGCAGCCGUUAGUUUCGACGAGAAAAUCCUCGCUGCGAAGUCGAUUAUUUGCGACAUCGAGGGUACCACGUCUUCAAUCAGCUUCGUCAAGGACGUUCUAUAUCCUUACGCACUGAAGAACGUCGAAGAAUAUCUGAAGACGAACUGGAAUGAGGAUGCAACUAAAACUGUGGUUGCCGCACUGCGUGAACAAGCCGAAGAAGAUAAGAAGGCUGAGAUCGAAGGUGCCGUUACAAUCCCAGCAGAGGAUUCAGAGGAAGUCAUUCCCGACAUUGUCAAAAACGUCGAGUGGCAAAUGUCCCUAGAUCGCAAGGCUGGUGCACUGAAGACUCUACAGGGUUUGGUAUGGGCCAAGGGAUAUAAGGAUGGAUCCAUCAAGGGACACGUCUACGAGGACGUUUCGAAGGCAUUCGAGCAGUGGACUGAGGGAGGACGCAAGAUCUACAUCUACUCGAGUGGAAGCGUCGACGCACAGAAAUUACUGUUCGAGUACAGCGAACAGGGUGACCUGGUCAAAUAUCUGACCGGCCACUACGAUACCAAGAUUGGUGCUAAGCAGGAGAAGGACAGCUACGAAGCAAUUCUGAAGAAUAUCGAAGCCACUGGUGAGGAGGCUCUCUUCUUGACCGACAUCAUCGCUGAGGCUAAGGCCGCCAAAGAAGCCGGUCUUAAUGUGGUGGUCCUGGAUAGACCCGGCAAUGCCGAGCUAUCCGAGGACGACCGCAAGGAAUUCACAGUAAUCUCAUCCUUUGCCGACAUCCCGUUCGAGUCGGUCGAGUCGGCCAACGGUGCCGCUGGAAAGCGUAAAAUCGAUGAAACUGCCCAAGACGACGAAGCUCAGCCCCCGUCCAAGGUCGUCAAGGUAGCGACGAAUGGCAGCACUGAGGAGAAACCCGCUAAUGACGAAUCUACUACGAAAUCUGCCGAAAAAGACGGAGGCACCGUUCAGGCCAAAGCUAAUGGCGAUGCAGCCGCUACUGAGGUCUCUGCAGCUCCUGAGGGAAUGGACGUCGACGUGGACAUGGCUGAUGCAACUGCGGACAAGCAGGUCGACAAACCAGUAGCAGAACCGGAAGUAACAAAUAAGACUGAUAAAAUGGAAACAGAGGGCACAGCUGAUGAAAACCCGAAGAAGAAGGAAGAUGAUGUCGAGAGCAAGGCAGAGGAACAAACAAAUUCUGCCAAGAGGAAGGAUGUGGAGGAAGAUGAGAAGAGUAGUGAGAGCGAGAAGAAAACAGAUGAUGUCGAGGUAAAGAAUAGCAGUAGUGAAACGCCUCCACCUUCGAAGAAGGUCAAAUUGGAGGAAGACGGAAAGGUUGUGGCUGAGAAGAAGGAUUCCGACGUGGUUGUGGCUGCGGAAAAAGUCGAUCAAGAACAAAAACAGACGGUUGAAAAAAGCGAUGACACAGACUCGGGAUGCAAGGCUAAAGAAAAUAAAACAGAGAAAACACCGGAGGCAACACCCGAAAAAGAAGCUGUUGCUGCCGAAGAAGCACCAGCUGCCAAGACAGAGGAAAAGACUGAAACUGCAACAGAAGAAAAAGUAGAGGAAAACAGCACUGCCGCUAAGCCAGAAGAAAAGCCAACAGAAGAACCAAAAUCUCAGGAAGAAUCCGUUAAGAAACCAGAAACAAAGAUUUCGGCAGAGGCUGAGGAGAAAGCCAAGGGUACUGAGGAAACCACAAAAGAUGAAGUCGGUGCUGUUGCGGCUGAUCAGAAGAAGGCAACCGAGUCGGUUGAGACGGAGAAAACCGAAGCCGCCCCUACAGUGGCAGAGAAUAAAGACACAGAAGCAACAGCAUCCAAAGACAGCAAGGAUGCCAAGGAUGAAUCAUCCGAGGGAAAGGCUGCUUCAGAAGAACAAAAACCAGAUGCUGGGCCUGAACCCGAAAAGCCGUCUGCCGAAAAGGAAGACAAGUCCGCUGAGAAGUCGGUUCCUGAAGAGGAGAAAAAAUCAUCUUCCAAAGAACAAUUCGUUCCAGUAGAAGAACCACAAGCCGCUGCUGUAAUGGAAAAAAAGAUCGCCGAAAAAAAGCAAUCCGAAGAGUCCAAAUCUGCCACUGAGAAAUCCCCAGUUGAGGAGCCCAAGCCAGCGACCGAGGCGAAAGUCGCCGAAGAUGUGAAAGCCCCAUCUGCCGAAGAAUCGAUGGAGGUGGACGAAGAGGCGAAGCCAACUGAAGAGAAACCUACCACGACAAACUCCUCUGAGGCCGUCCAGGAAGAAAACAAUGCCGAUGAAGAAAAAAUGGAAACAUCCGAGGACAACGUCAAGGAAAAACCCCCGGGGGCGAUUCCAGAAGCCAAAGGAGUAGAGUCGACAACGGCUGGACCGGUUGAAGAGGUCGCCACAGAGGCUAAGGAAGAUGCCAUGGAAACUGACGCGGCACCAGAAACGACUGCAAAGCCAGAGGAGCGAAAAGACGACGUUAAAGUGGUGGACGAUAAAAAAGAGAACGCCAAACCGGAAGAGAGCGGAUCGGAGCCCAAGAAAUCCGACGAUACGGAAGAGAAACCCGAAGAGAAAAAGACUGAAGAGAAAUUAGAAGUGGCAACAUCUGAGGAAAAUAAGAAAGAACUUCAAGUGGAAGAGAAAGAAGAGAAUGUUGAAGCAAAGAAUGAAACCGACACAGUCAAGGCAACAGAAGAAAAGACCGAGGUUGUAGAAGCGGAACAGAAGAAAGAGGUCAUAGAGAAGGAAGAAAAGAAAGAGGCAAUCAAAACGGAAGAGAAGAAAGAGGUUGUAGAAACGGAUGACAAAAAAGAGGCAGCCAAACCGGAAGAAAAGAAAGAGGAAGUUAAAUCUGUCGAAGCAGAAAAACAAGAGAAAGAAGGUACGAAUAAAAAAGAAGAAGCUAAAGCGACAGAAGCUGAAGCUGAAAGUAUGGAAACGGAUUCAGCACCACAACAAAAAGAUAAGGUUGCAGAAAGUUCGACAGAAACUAAAAUCACUGAACCGGUCAAAGAAGACAACAAAGACACUGAAAAAACCACCACAGACAACCAGGUUGAAACUAAGGAGAAUGGGACGCGUCAGAAUGGAGUUUCAGAGAAAGUCAACGGAAAGGAAGAGCCUCGCGUGCCGGAGAAUGGAAAAGCAGAUGCUAAAGUUGUGGCUGACAGCACAAAUGGGGAUGAUGACAAGAAGAGCGAUAGUGAUAAGGAGAACGAUACUGCCUCAACGAAUGGUGAAGAGAAGACAACCACCACCACCACCAACGGAAACGGUGUUGAAAAUGGCACAACCUCCAGCAGUACCACCAGCACAACCACCGCUUCUGAUUUGGCGACGGAAAUCAAGGCCAAGAAAGUGAUCGACGUUGGAGCAAGUGCUCCGACGCCACCGAUCGAAGCGGAGUCGUAAAUAUAUUAUCCCUAAGAUCACUAAAAACCCCCGUUGAUAAGUAGAUAAAAAGAGAGAGAGAGAAUUAGAAAGUACGUUUCGAUGCUUCUUACGGUAUAAGAAAACAGAGUAAAGAUGCAACUUUGCAUGCUUAAGAACAGAAAGUAAAUAAUAACAACUUUUAUAUAAAUAUUUAUAUUAGCAAGACAAGUAAGAUCACUAACCCUUUUCUUAGAACUCGAGAAAAAAGUACGUUUUCCGUUUUUUUUGUUGUUGUUAAGAACAAUAAUGUAGCAGCUUAAUUACUUUCGCAAGAACGAGAAAUGCUGUUCACGGUGACGAGAAGAAAUAUGAUUAUGUGUUUUUCGCACAUACAGGAUAAUAGAAAAGGGUAGUAAGCAAGGGAGAAGAUUUAUGCUCACGAUUUGUUACAGCUAGGAUAUCAAUACAUAUUUUAGGUUGUACAUGAUCUGGAGGCAAUUAUCCAUUACCAACACCAUUCUUACUUAGAUUUUUGAGCUGCAGUGUGCACACAGUCGGCUCAGUAAUCGUUGAUGAACAGACAGAGAGACAAAUCAAACGAUUCUUGACGAGAAAAGCAAGAUUUUUUACAUGUUUUAUUUGUGAUGCCGUUUAAUAAAAGAAAACUUUUGUCAACCAACUUUUUCCUAUUGUAACAAAAGUAGUGCAACAUUUGUGAGAAAACUUUUUGGAUAUACAUAAUUUGUGGAAGUCGAUUGCGGUUUGAAGAGCGGCCGACGAGUUUCUGUUCAAAGGGCAAAGAGAAAUCUGCUGCAUUUAAUUAUGUCUUCCCACACAAACCAGAGUAGGAGGGACAAAUUACGAAAGACUAACCAGAAAAAAUAUAGUUCCUCAUAUUAGUUUUAGAGACUAACUAAACACACAUACACCCUUCGAUCAAUGAAAUAAGAACGCGAAGAGUCGACGGCCGGGCUCUCCAGUUGCAGUUGAUUUCCGCCAGCGAUAAUGACACCUGCUGCAACAACAAACUGACUGCCAAACGAUUUUUUUUAAUUAAACUAGGACACUCUUCAGGAACAUUCCGCGUAUAAGCAACCAGUAGUUAUGAACUGAUACAAAAAAAAAAUGAAACGAAAAAUCCACACAGUAUUACCGCUCAGAGCAUAAAUUUUUGAUUUUGAGUAACGGACUAAACGUAUGGAAUUGUGAGAAAAAAAUGUGAUUGUAAAAUGAGAUUCACACAACUGUUUUUGAUUUUCUAAAGGUUAUAAACGGCAAAAUGAAGGAGAAAAAAAAGAAAGAAGAUGUAUGUAGAAACUUACUAUUCUUGUGUCAAUAAUUAUAUCUGAGGAAAGUAAUGUGGGAAACAUGCGUGUAAGUUUUUAAAUGUGUUUUCCAAUGACAGUGAAAAAUCACGCAGCUAUUAACAAGCCUUCGUUUGAAGUGCACAGAAAAAUUACCCGAAUAAACAGAUGAAAAAAAAAAGAUAAACGUAAAGAGGUAAAUAAACUAACCAAUAAUAUUUUAAGGAUUA